GUUUCCCCCAGACUUUCCUUAACAGUAAAGUGCUAGGCAGCAAGACAAGACGAAACCCAGCUCCGGAGUAGCAACGAGCGGAUUAGCAACUGUCCAUCCCCCUGCUAAUGAUAUUAGAGGGCGAGUGCAGACAUGGGUCCAGGCUGCACGGUGCCUUUUGUUGAGCUCCUUCGGGAGAGCUUUCCCUGUCAGUCCUUCAGCACUGGAAAUGGCGUUGUGAUACCGAGCGAGGAAGACGCAGCACAGGCGGAUGCCAGCCAGUAAAAACUACACGGUCACCUAUGCCGGUCUGUGGUGUGGAAUCAUAGUAGCAACGGACACAAUGAGGUAUCAGAAAUACAUUACAGUUAUGCAGAUGGCCAUGGGAGUGACGGCCUCCAACAAAGACAAUUGCCUGCCUCCUAAGAGACGAAUGUGGGUGGACCCAGUCACUGACCCUCCCCCGCCUGCCACCUCCUCCACGAUGAACGUGAGUCAGGGUAAGCCAUCCCUCCGUCGGAUCAAGGGCCGCAUCCACAGGAGCAAGAGCCUGGACAGCAUCGAUCUGCUCGACUGCAACAGUGCAACAAUGGAGGAAACAGUGAUAUGGGAACAGCAUACAGUGACACUUCACAGGGCGCCGGGGUUCGGUUUUGGGAUCGCCAUAUCAGGAGGGCGGGAUAACCCUCAUUUUCAGAGCGGCGAGACCUCCAUUGUCAUCUCAGAUGUGUUAAAAGGAGGACCUGCCGAGGGUCUGCUGCAGGAGAAUGACAGAGUGGUCAUGGUUAAUGCUGUUUCUAUGGACAACGUGGAACAUGCUUAUGCAGUUCAGCAGCUCCGGAAGAGUGGGAAGAAUGCAAAAAUUACCAUCCGAAGGAAGCGGAAGGUUCAGAUCCCUGUCGGCCGACCAGGGGAGAGGGAGACCAUGUCAGAGCAUGAGGAAGAGGAAGAAGACAGCUAUGAUGAUGAGGUGUAUGAUGAGCGCAGUGGCCCUAGUGCCUACAGUGGGGCAGGUGCGACUGGCGGGCGGCAUGGGGAGAGAAGCAGCAACCGCCGGGACCGCAGCGCAUCCCGUGAGAGGAGCCUCUCACCCCGUUCCGACCCACGAUCCCAAGCUUCAAACCUUCCACCUCGUCCUGCAAAAGUCACAUUGGUCAAGUCCCGCAAGAAUGAAGCAGAAUAUGGCCUGCGCCUGGCCAGCCACAUCUUUGUGAAGGAUAUCUCCCCAGAGAGCCUGGCUGCCAGGGAUGGCAACAUCCAGGAGGGCGAUGUUGUGCUGAAGAUCAACGGAACAGUGACAGAGAACCUCUCCCUGAUAGAUGCCAAGAAGCUCAUCGAGAGGUCAAAGGGCAAGUUGAAGAUGGUGGUGCAGCGGGAUGAGAGGGCGACGCUACUCAACAUCCCUGACCUCGAUGACAGCAUCCCUUCAGCCAAUGCCUCUGACCGAGAUGACAUCUCAGAAAUCCAUUCACUGACAUCAGACCAUUCCAACCAUGAGAGAACCCGUGGCAGUCGCUCGCGUUCUCCUGACAGGCGUUCCGAGCCCUCAGACCUUUCAAGGCACUCGCCCCAACAAGUCAGCAAUGGCAGCCACAGAAGUCGAGAAGAUGAGAGGAUUUCAAAACCAGGAGCCAUAUCAACUCCUGUAAAGUUAGCUGAGGAGGUGCGAGUAUCCAAACCAACUGAGGAUCCUGGGACCUUACUAGAGGAGAAAUUGAUUCCCGCAUUGCCAGAGCCCAAGCCUGUUUAUGCCCAGCCUGGCCAGCCUGAUGUAGACCUGCCUGUCAGCCCUUCUGAUGCCCCAGUGCCCAGUGCUGCCCAUGAUGACAGCAUCCUCAGACCAAGCAUGAAGCUGGUGAAGUUCAGGAAGGGCGAGAGCGUGGGGUUGCGACUAGCCGGGGGCAAUGAUGUGGGCAUCUUUGUGGCUGGGGUGCUGGAAGAUAGUCCUGCUGCCAAGGAGGGCCUUGAAGAAGGGGACCAGAUUCUCAGGGUAAACAAUGUGGACUUUGCAAAUAUCAUUCGAGAAGAAGCAGUGCUCUUCCUUCUUGAUCUUCCAAAAGGCGAUGAGGUUACGAUCCUAGCCCAGAAGAAGAAGGAUGUGUACCGCAGAAUUGUGGAGUCAGACGUGGGUGACUCGUUCUACAUCCGCACACACUUUGAGUAUGAGAAGGAGUCUCCCUACGGGCUGAGCUUCAACAAGGGCGAGGUGUUCCGCGUGGUAGAUACACUAUACAAUGGCAAGCUGGGAUCCUGGCUGGCCAUCCGAAUUGGAAAGAAUCACCAGGAAGUUGAGAGAGGAAUCAUCCCCAACAAAAACAGGGCUGAGCAGCUGUCCAGCGUGCAGUAUACUCUUCCGAAAACCCCGGGCGGUGACCGUGCUGACUUCUGGAGAUUCCGUGGCCUGCGGAGCUCCAAGAGGAACCUCCGCAAGAGCAGAGAAGACCUCUCAGCCCAGCCAGUUCAGACCAAGUUUCCCGCCUAUGAGAGGGUGGUGCUAAGGGAAGCUGGCUUCCUGAGGCCUGUGGUGAUCUUUGGGCCCAUCGCAGAUGUUGCACGUGAGAAGCUGGCCAGAGAGGAGCCAGAUGUGUUUGAGCUAGCAAAGAGUGAGCCCAGAGAUGCAGGAACAGACCAGCGCAGCUCUGGAAUCAUCCGCCUUCACACCAUCAAGCAGAUCAUCGACCGGGAUAAGCAUGCAGUGCUGGACAUCACACCUAAUGCUGUGGACCGGCUCAACUAUGCACAGUGGUACCCCAUCGUGGUAUUCCUGAAUCCUGACAGUAAGCAGGGGGUGAAAAACAUGAGGACUCGCCUGUGCCCCGAGUCUAGGAAGAGUGCCAGGAAGCUAUAUGAGCGUGCCCUCAAGCUGAGGAAGAACAACCAUCACCUUUUCACCGCCACCAUCAACAUGAACAACAUGAAUGACGGCUGGUAUGGGGCACUCAAGGAAACCAUCCAGCAGCAGCAGAACCAACUAGUCUGGGUCUCAGAGGGCAAGGCGGAUGGAGCCCCUGAUGAUGAUCUGGACCUCCACGAUGACCGGCUGUCCUACUUGUCAGCACCUGGCAGCGAGUAUUCCAUGUACAGCACGGACAGCCGGCACACGUCUGACUAUGAGGACACGGACACAGAGGGGGGAGCCUACACGGACCAGGAGCUGGAUGAGACGCUGAACGAUGAGGCAUGUCUGCCUACGGAGCCUGCUAUCACCCGAUCCUCGGAACCAGUGCGCGAGGACCCAGCGGUCAUCCAAGAGCCACCUGGUUAUGCUGGGUACCAGCACACUGUGCAGCCUGAGCCCCUCAGCCGGAUAGACCCCGCCGGGUUCAAGGCUCCAGCUCCCCAGCAGAAAGCAGAGGCUGUUCCCGCCAUGCCUUGCCUCCCCCAGCAGCCUGAGUCCAUGGCUAUGACAGCGCCCCCUGCUGUCGACCCCUCAGUACAUGUAGCUGGUUUGAACGCUGAGGAGCCUCCUGCAGCUCCCCAGAGCAACCACAGCCCCCAGGCUGGCUCGCUUAGGAGGUCCGCCCCUGAGCUAGCUCAGCCCCCGACACACGACCCCCUCCAGUCCGGACUGCCUAAUUCAGAACCAAAGAUGUAUCGGAAAGAUCUGUACACCCUGGAGGACCCUGUGAGACCAAACCAUGGGCUGAAGCAGCAGCCACCAGCAAUGGGGCCAGCAGUGGGCCCGCCAGGUCCUUACGAGCCACAGCCACUUUACCAGGAUGAACAGCCAUACAGAGAUUACGAACAGCCACCCUUCCGCUAUGACGGCAGCAGCUACCUGGAACCAAAGUCUCACAGCUUCGACUCGCACCUGCACUAUGAGAACCGUGUGCCUCACUUUGAUGGCCAGUGGCCCCCGUAUGAGCAGCCAGCUGCUCUUCAGCCAGGCUACCAGCCAGCCCGUCGGCCCUUCGAGAACCAGCACACCCCCGGCUAUGGGCCAGAACAAGAAUACAGCCCCAUGCAGCAGCGCUAUGAGGAGGCCCCGAUGAAUUAUGAUGGCCGGCCGCGUUAUGACCCACCCCCAAAGAGCCAGUCUGGACCGGUGCGCUAUGAUGAGCCGCCACCACCGGCACGGCCCCAAGUGGGUUACGACACACGCUCCCGCUACGACCCUGAGCCCAAUGUCUUUCCUCCCCCAGCACCUCCACGCUCACCAGAGCCCCCCAGGCAGUACUACCCUUACAACCAGGGCGCACAGAGCCGUGGCUAUAAACCAGGCCAAUACGAGCCCCCUACGAACUCAGACCCUCUGCCGCCUCCACCAAAAAUGGACAUGCUUAGCAACCCUAGUGAGCCCGUCAUCACAACAGCCCCAAAGCCCCUGCCGCCACCCCCCCGGGAUGAGCCGGAAGAGGACCCUGCCAUGAAACCCCAGUCAGUGCUGACCAGAGUCAAGAUGUUUGAAAACAAGCGCUCAGCAUCUGUGGACAGGGCGAAGGAUGCUGGAGACUCUACUGGCCUAAGACCAGUGGAUGUGCCCCCCAAACCUGUGAUAGCCCCUGGUCCCGUCCCCAAAGCCAGCUCGCUCAGCCACCUGGACCAGGAGAAGUCAUCAUACAGAGCCCCUGAGCCUCAGAAGCCGCAGGCCAGACCUGCAGAUGACAUUGUGCGCGCCAACAAUUAUGACCCUGAUGAAGAUGAGGAAUACUACAGGAAACAGCUGUCCUACUUUGACCGGCGCAGUUUUGACAGCAAGCCCCCAGCCCAGAUAGCCCCUGCCCCCAACCGCUUCCUAGAGCUCAAUAAGCCUCCACAGCUACAGACCCAGCCAACGUACAGCUACUCCAGAGCGGAGUCAGCAGAGAAGGUGAGUCCUGCAGAGAAGAGAUUUGAGCCUAUGCAGCAAAUCACUCCUGCUGCCCCCCCUGCUACGCUCCCCAAACCCCCCACCACUGACGGGAAUUCCCUGCCUGAUCCCCAUGGAUCUCCAAAGGCAAAGCCUGACCUGUCAGGCCUCAGGCCAGUCAACCGUGAGGACACUGUUCAAAGCACCUACCUGCCCCAGAAGAGCUUUCCAGAGAAGUCCCCAGUUAAUGGCACGGAGCUGCCUGCCAAGCCUAUCUCCAGCUACAACCGCUAUGUGCCCAAACCUUUCACAACCUCAGCCAGGCCCUUUGAACGCAAGUUUGAAAGCCCCAAGUUCAACCACAACCUUCUGCCCAAUGACGUACCACCCAAGGUUGAGCCACCCCCCAAGGCCAACAGUACUGCCAAGCCCCAGACCUCCCCCCAGCUGGCUGAGCAGGACAGCGGAGUGGAUACCUUCACACGGACCAUGGACAGCAGGCCGAAGUACCAGCAAAACAACAUCAACGCUGUCCCCAAGGCCAUCCCAGUCAGCCCCAGUGCACUAGAGGAUGAUGAAGAGGAUGAAGGGCACACAGUGGUGGCCACAGCACGCGGUGUGUUCAACAGCAAUGGUGGCGUGUUGAGCUCCAUUGAGACGGGCGUGAGCAUCAUCAUCCCACAGGGGGCUAUUCCUGAGGGUGUGGAGCAGGAGAUCUACUUCAAGGUAUGCAGGGACAACAGCAUCCUGCCACCGCUGGACAAGGAGAAAGGCGAGACCCUGCUGAGCCCCUUGGUGAUGUGUGGCCCCCAUGGUCUCAAGUUCCAGAAGCCGGUGGAGCUGCGCCUGCCUCACUGUGCGUCCAUGACCCCCGACGGUUGGUCUUUCGCUCUAAAAUCCUCUGACUCCUCGUCGGGUGACCCCAAGAGUUGGCAAAACAAAUCCCUCCCAGGAGACCCAAACUACCUGGUGGGUGCAAACUGUGUAUCUGUGCUCAUCGACCACUUCUGAAGCAGGACUCAGCUGGCCGCCUGGUGAAUGGACUGUGGGGACUGGCUCAGCUGCACCCUCACACUCGAGGUGGGGGUAUGCCACUCGACAAAGUAUUAACCCUCUGUCAUUCAGCAUCGUUUACUGCACCACAAACAUCACGAGGAGGAGGGAAGCUUCUGUCCUGCUGAGAGCUCCUCCUUCUGCAUUUUUCUGUCUUUUCCUUUAGUUUUUUAGGUGCUUAAAGGCUGACAAAGAGAAGAAGCUCCAGAACCACUGAAAUGCACACCUAGUGCAGCUGAUGGAUGCAUUUCCCAGUCUGUACCUAAUUCCAGUAGAGGGGAAAAUAAGACUUUUCCACAAGUUAGAAGGAUCUUUAAAAAGAGAAGUGGGUGUGUGUGGAUGUCUGCAUGAAGGUGUGAGUGUAGGUUUGUGUGAUUACACACACAUGCUUUGAAGCUGUAAAAAUAAUGAAGUGGAUAACUGUAAGCAGUAGAAUUUCUCUAAUGGCAGUUUGAAUGGCAGGUGAAGGUUGCAGUAUCGUUUUUCAUUCUGUGAGUUUGUGAAGGUUUCUAAAUGCUGUGCCUGAGGUGAGGUGGGUGGUGACCCAGAUGGUGAGCAUCUUGUAGAUUCUUAAAGGUAUGGAGAUGAAGUUGACUGGAUUUCCAGAACCAGCCUGGACCUCUAACCUGCUCUGUUUCUUUCAUAUGCUUAAAAUGUUUUUUAAACAACAUUUUACGUUAGACAAGCCUAUGGGCUUAUAUUUUAAUUUGGUUUUAGCAUCAGGCUUCUCCCACUGUCUCAAACUAUGCAUGUGCUAAGACUCAGGUACCAAACCUGCUCAGUCCCACACAUCCAGUCCCCAUCUUACACCAACAAGCAGUGAUGCCUUAUCUGUGUGUUCACUUUGUUCAGUUCUUUCACACAUUUCUGUUUCUUUUUUAGGUUGUGGUAAAGAAUGAAAUAUAAAGGUCUCUUGCCAUUUUGUCAACUCACUGUGUAAAUGAAAUUGGGUUUAGCACACAUCAACAAUCAAGGCUAAAGGAAAAGUAUGCUUUCUUUAUCUCCUAUGCACAUGAAGUCAAAGGAAAAGACAACUAUAAAAAUAGAGGAGUGUGUUGAAGUUAUGGCUGUAUAUAGUGCUAGAAUAUGGCCUUGGUUCUGGUUUGUAAAUGAACUUUUUGUAUUUCCUUUCUUAUUUUGUAUAAAACUAAAGAGUUUCUAAAAGAAAAAAAAAUGGUUCUCUUUGUAUUCUGAUAAUACCCUUGAGCCUUGGAACUUGCAACGUAGCAGUAAGAAGUCCAACUUUUCUACCAAUAUAUACGCACUGCAUAUAUAAACAUUUUUAUUGGUCACAAAACCUUUUUAUGCUUCUUUACAAGACAAAAAAGUACUUGGUUGAAAUAAUUUUGAAUUCUGUACUUUAAAGGGGUCUACUUUGAAAAGUGUUCCCUUCAUUUAUUUGUGAUACUGGAUGCUGUAUAGUGUGCCCCAAAAUGUAUUUUUGUACUAAUAGACAAUUUAUUAUGGCACACUACUACUAUUUUCUUUAGAUAUAACACUGCUUCAGUCUGAGAUUAGCUUUUCUUCACGUGUGGCUGACAUAUUUUUGUUUUUUUUUCCUUUGCAACACAUUUCUAAGUAUA